AUGCUGUUCCCGGACACUCGUGUCCUUCUUCCAGGCCUUCAGGCCAUUUUUACGGGUCAGAUGCAGCACACCAGCCUCCUGCAGUUCACUGUCGGGCCCUGGCCGCCCCUCGUGCAAAGCCGGGAGCAGCUGCAGGAGGCAGUUCAGGAAAGCGGACGCCAGGGCACUUUCGUGGGUCUUUUCCGCUCCAGCGACAUGGCAGGACCACUGCAGGAGCUUUGGCCUCUUGACUGCCUAAAGAGGCACAAGCGGGCCUAUGCCUUUGCGAGGUGGGGCAAUGAAAGCAGCGAAAAUACAAGCAAAAGCGAAGAGGACCUUUGGCGAUGGGCAGGGCUUGGCUUCAGCAAGGCACUUCGAAUCAGGGAGGUUCAGGAGGGCCAAAUGCUGAAGCAGGAAGUCGAAGUGUCUGAGGAGGACUUCCAGCCGGAGGAGGCCAUUGUUUACGUGCGGGCGGAUGAUGACGCCUGCGAGUUUGCACCCUCUGGCGGUUUCGUGGUGUACCAGGAGGGUGGGUCCUUGCCCUCGAAGCCUUGGCCAAGUUGGACCUGGAGGCCUGGCACCUGGCGGGAUCAGGUGGAGGCCUUCUGCGCCUGGUGCGAGCGCCAGGUUCUGGCGCCUGCCACGGUGUUUGACGCGCCCCGCGCGGCCGCGCUUGAUGGCACCUUCGACUGGCUCCUUUUUCUCUUUGCGCCCAAGGUGACGGAGGAUCAGAAUCUGGCGGAGGGCUUCGACCGGGAGCUGCGUCGCUUGGAGCGGUUCGCACGCGCGGCCUGCGCCAAGGACAAGCGCUACCAGGAGGUGCUGCCUGUGAUCGUCCCAGCAGGUGGCGAGGACAUCGCCGCCUUCCGGGCCUCCUUCGGGCUGGGGUCGUUUGAGCCCACGCUGCCGCUGCCUCGCGAAGGCGAUUCGCAGUCAGGCUGUCGAGCCUUGGAGGACACAGAGGAGGCCUCCCGCCGAGUGCUAUUCGCAACUUCUCUCUUCAACACCCGCACCCGGCGCAAGUAUCCUGCACCUGGUGGCGCAGGCUGGUGUCCUGGUGAUGAGCUGGCGCUGUGCCUCUUCACCGACGCCGUGCUGGAUGGCCGGGUUUCACCCUAUGUCCGGUCCACCAAAAGGCCCGAGCUGGCGAGCCCGGGGGUCAAGGAGCUCUGCGGCUCCUCCGUGGACUUGGAGCUGCUGCAGCCCGUGAAGGCCAACGAGUCGGAGGUGCUGCUGUUGCUCUACGCACCCUUUUGCAGCCACUCGCUGCACUUCUUUUGGCUUUGGAACCAGCUCAGCGCGGCCAUUCAGGCAGCGACAGGCCCUCGGAAUGGAACUGUCAAGGAUUUGCAGCUCGCGCAGAUGGACGCAAUGCAGAACGAGCAUCCAGACCUACCUCCGACGCGGCAGUUUCCCACGCUGGUCUUCUGCCGUGCAAAGAAGGACACUGGAGAAUCAGGCGCUGCGGUGGAGUUCUUGACCUACGAGGGCCCAGCCACCUUGUCAGCUAUCCUUGCGUGGCUGGGCGAGUACUCAGCUUUUGCUCCUCCAAAUCUGCAAGCCGCGACUCAAGCCGCCGAGGGCUAA